AUUACAUUCAACACGUAAAUUUGACCAAUUUCAAAGUACGGCUUUGAACUACAAAAGGUAACCUUCCGGCGGCUUAUGUGGAAUCUGUAAAAAAGCUUGGCAACGCUAUCUAACGGCGGUGCAAAUUCGUGGAAACAAAGCAAGAGUCGAGUAUGGGGGACGAAGGUUCUGAACAUCUGGUACGACCAUGGCAAUUACCCAACUAUUACUAUGGCGCUGGCGUCGUGGGACUGCAUCAAGAGAUUGAACAUUUUUACAAUUAUAUUUUGGCCACGCCGACAGAGCUUGCGAUGCGGGCUGAAACAGUUCGUCGAGUGAAGAACCUUUUGCUGUCCUUGUGGCCAGAUGCCUGCGUCGAAGUAUUUGGUUCGAGUCGUACAGAUUUAUUUUUGCCUGCUUCCGACAUUGACGUUGUUGUCAUCGGCUAUUGGGGCCGGACGCCGCUUUACGACCUAGAGAAGGAACUCAUUGCACGCCAAGUCGCGCUGCAGGGCUCAGUGUGCGUGCUGGAUAAGGCGUCGGUGCCUGUGGUUAAGUUUACAGAGAGAGAGUCACAAAUUAAAUUCGAUAUUUCGUUCAAUGUGGACACAGGACUAAAAGCUGCCGAACUGAUCAAUGAAUUCAAGCACAAGUAUCCCGAAAUGCCCAAAUUGGUGAUGGUGCUGAAGCAGUUUCUGACCAUGCAUAGCUUGAACGAGGUCUACACUGGUGGCAUUUCAUCGUAUGGGCUAACUUUAAUGUGCAUAAGCUUUCUACAGCAGCAAAUUCACAUGAAAAAGUACAAAUACAAAAACAAAUUGGGGAUGCUUCUGCUCAGGUUCCUGGACUUCUAUGGACGCAAGUUCGAUUAUUUCAAGUACGGCAUAUCAGUUCGCGGCGAUGGCAGCAACGUGGAGAGAAGCCAAUUACAGACUGCACUGGCAGACUACAAUUGGCAAUCCGUCCUGUGCAUUGAAGACCCCAUAACCCCAACCAAUGACAUUGGACGGAGUUCAUACGCUGCGCUUUAUGUGAAAGAAGCUUUUGAAAGUGCCUAUCUGAAGCUAUCGAAGCUGGUGGACUCGGACUCUACUAAAGUUGUGGGUUCUAUACUAGGUUGCAUUGUGGAUGUGCCGCCAGAUGUGCUCCAUUACCGUCAGUGGGUCCACAGGAACUUCCAACACUUGUCGUUAAGGGGUAACGUCUCGCCUAAGUAUAAAAGGUGGAAACACUGGUAUUGCAAUUACGACUACCAACAUAACAAUAACUACAACUUGGAAGAGUUUGCUGAAAAUGUACAGGUGGAUCAAGAUUCUACGUUUGCAGGCCCCGCCAUACCUGCUGCCAAUACUGUCCCUCUUGGAGAGAAUGGCAUGAGUUUCAAGAGAUAUGGCUAAUAUAAGCGGGCUCAGUAUUAUACAGUUUAAUAAGUUCCAAUUCUGCAUUUAGUUUUACGUUUGUCAUAUUUUAGUUAGUUUAAUAUUUUAUAUUUUAUGUAUGCAUACAUAUUUAAUUCUGUGAAAGUAAAAAAAUUCAAAAGCGAAUCGAAAUCUAA